AUGACCACAAUUUUAGGCUCACCAGAAAACAUCAUUACUUUGUCCCUUGAAUAUUUCGAUAAGAUAACACCGGGUAAUCUUUCGGAAUCACGAUAUGAAAAUCCAAGGGAAGAUGACAUCAAACAUCUUCUAGGCCUGCUGCAUUAUUGUUGGUUCUAUGAAUUUCAUUCAAUGGUAUCCCAAAGACGUGUUGUGGGAAGAGAUAGAUCGAUGAAGUCUGCAACUGAGCUCCGGGAAGCCGAGAUCAAAUUCAAGAAGUUUAAUAUAAAUAGGAAUUUGUUCGAUAUAAGGUUUGUAAAUAGGACCAUGGAAAUCCUAUAUUUAAUCGUUGAUGACACUACAGAGUUUGUUUUUAGAAAUUUAAUUGCAUAUGAGCAAUAUCUUCGCCCUUCUUCUAUGAAUUAUUUCACUGCAUAUUUGAAUUUUAUUGAUUACCUUGUGAACUCCUCAAACGAUGUCCAAAUACUGAGGAACUAUGGAGUUAUUCGUAACCUUUUAGGUGACAAUGAAGUGGUUUCGACUGUGUUGAACAAGCUUGUCAACAAUGUCUUUGUAUCUUUGAUAUGUUACGAGCAAGUUUAUCACGAUGUGAACAAGCAUUGCAGUGGGAGAUGCAACGUAUGGUUGGCAACCUUAAGACAGGAUUAUUUCAACACUGCAUGGGCACUCAUCUCUUUUUUUGCUGCUGUUGCAUUGCUUUUACUUACUGCAGCACAAACUGUAUUUUCUGUUAGGAAAUCUUGUUAG